AUGGUGAACAUCACGGAGAAGAUCAAAGAGAUUGAAGAUGAGAUGCGCAGGACGCAGAAGAACAAGGCCACAGAAUACCAUCUGGGCCUGCUGAAGGGAAAGCUCGCCCGAUUAAGAGCCCAGCUUCUGGAGCCAACAGGCGGUUCCGGCGGCGGCGGUGCAGGCUUCGAUGUCAGCAAAAGCGGUGAUGCCCGUGUUGCCCUUGUCGGUUUCCCCUCCGUCGGUAAAUCGACGUUCCUAAGCAAGAUCACGAAGACGAAGAGUGAGGCUGCGGCGUACUCUUUCACCACGUUGACUGCUAUUCCGGGUGUGUUGGAGUAUGGAGGUGCGGAGAUCCAGAUUCUGGAUCUUCCUGGUAUUAUUGAGGGCGCUGCUGAGGGCAAGGGACGAGGUCGUCAGGUUAUCUCCGCUGCUAAGACUAGUGAUUUAAUCCUCAUGGUUCUCGAUGCCACUAAAAGAGCAGAGCAGCGGGCACUCCUAGAGGCGGAAUUGGAUGCCGUUGGUAUUCGUCUUAACAAGGAACCACCAAACAUUUACCUCAAACAAAAGAAAGCAGGCGGAGUGAAGAUCACCUUCCAGACGCCCCCGAAAUACCUCGACGAGAAGCUCAUCUUCAACGUCCUCCGUGAUUACAAGAUGCUGAACUGUGAAGUUCUGAUCCGAGAUGAAUACGCAACGAUCGAUGACUUCAUCGACGUCAUCAUGAAAGAUCACAGAAAAUACAUCAGAUGUCUCUACGUGUAUAACAAGAUCGACAGCAUCAGUCUCGACUUCCUGAAUCAACUCGCCCGUGAACCACAUACUGCCGUGAUGAGUUGCGAACUAGACCUCGGUGUUCAGGAGGUGGUUGAGCGGGUCUGGAAAGAACUCCGUCUGAUCAGAGUAUACACGAAACGGAAAGGAGAAGAUCCCGAUUUCAGCGAAGCGUUGAUUGUACGGAGCAAUUCCUCCAUCGAGGAGGUCUGUGAUAGCAUUCACCGGACGUUGAAAGAUUCGUUUAAGUAUGCUUUGGUGUGGGGUGCAAGUGCGCGGCAUAUCCCGCAACGAGUUGGAUUGGGACAUAUUGUGGCAGAUGAGGAUGUGGUUUCGAUAGUUGCGAAGUAA